AUGGACCACAACGAUAUGACAAUGACGACUCCUGCGGCUACGACUGGUAUGAUGACGAUGACGAUGACGAGCGGGAGCUCGAUGCCGUCGUCUACCAGUGGGAUGGAUAUGGGAAUGGACAUGAGUGGCUCGUCUAUAUUGAUGUCCUCGGCAGAGAUGGCGAUGGUAUUCUUUCAAAGCGUUACAACUCCUCUUUACUCGAGCGCGUGGACACCUCAGGGACAGGGCUCUUACGCCGGCACUUGUGUAUUUCUAAUUGUGCUCGGUCUGCUGCACCGCAUUCUAAUCGCGCUGAGAUCUAUCAUCUUCGACUCAAAUCCGGUACUCCAUCGUCAUGGCAAAACUAUUUCAUCAUCCGAUUCGGACAGUUACCCAGGCAGUAGAAGCGAUUUGGAGUUAAUGGGUGGUCAAUUAAGGACCCAAUGGAAUAGCCACCCUUUCAAGGUUGCUACUGAGACGUUUCGCGCUUUACUCGAGGUCGUAAUUGGAGGUAUUGGAUACUUGCUCAUGUUAGCAGUGAUGACUAUGAACGUGGGAUAUUUUCUGUCUGUCCUUGGAGGCAUCUUCCUUGGCACCUUCGUCGCUGGCCGGUUUGGUACUGGCGACAGCCAUCAUUGA